AUGGAGCUGGCGGGCCCCAGACCUGGGGCGACAGAGCAUCCGCGACUCCGGCCGCCCAUGUCCUGGCUGCUGCCGCCGCUGCCCCUCCUGCUGCUGCUGCUGGGCCCAGCGGCCUCCCAGCUGCGAUACUCGGUGCCGGAGGAGCAGGCACCCGGCGCGCCCGUGGGCAACGUGGCUAGCGCGCUGGGGCUGGAGCUGCGGCGCCUGGGGCCCGGCUGUCUGCGCAUCAACCAUCUGGGUGCGCCCAGUCCGCGCUACCUGGAGCUGGACCUGACGAGUGGCGCGCUCUUCGUCAACGAGCGCAUUGACCGGGAGGCGCUGUGCGAGCAGCGGCCUCGCUGCCUGCUCAGCUUGGAAGUGCUGGCGCACAGCCCCGUGGCGGUGAGCGCCGUGGAGGUGGAGGUCCUGGACAUCAACGACAACUCGCCGCGCUUCCCGCGGCCCGACUACCAGCUGCAGGUAAGCGAAUCGGUGGCCCCUGGAGCGCGCUUUCACAUAGAGAGCGCGCAGGACCCCGACGUGGGCGCCAACUCGGUGCAGACCUACGAGCUCAGCCCCAGCGAGCACUUCGAGCUGGACCUUAAACCCCUGCAGGAGAACAGUAAGGUGCUGGAGCUGGUGCUGCGAAAGGGCCUAGACCGCGAGCAGGCAGCGCUGCACCACCUGGUUCUCACAGCUGUGGACGGGGGCAGUCCAGCCCGCUCGGGCACGGCACAGAUCUCUGUGCGUGUCCUGGACACUAACGACAAUUCUCCCACCUUCGACCAGUCCACUUACCGCGUCCAGCUCCGGGAGGACGCCCCCCCAGGCACGCUGGUGGUGAAGCUGAAUGCCUCGGACCCGGAUGAGGGCUCCAACGGCGAGCUCAGGUACUCCUUGAGCAGCUACACGUCGGACCGGGAGAGGCAGCUCUUCAGCAUCGAUGCCAGCACUGGGGAAGUGCGGGUAAGUGGAGCACUGGAUUAUGAGGAGGCCUCUUCCUACCAGAUCUAUGUGCAGGCGACCGACCAGGGGCCCGUGCCCAUGGUGGGUCACUGCAAGGUGUUGGUGGACAUCGUGGAUGUGAAUGAUAAUGCACCAGAGGUGGUGCUCACGGACCUGUACAGCCCAGUGCCUGAGGAUGCUGCCUCCAACACCGUUGUGGCCCUCCUCAGUGUCAACGACCAGGACUCGGGCCUCAACAGGAAGGUGAGCCUGGGCCUGCAGGCCUCACUGCCUUUCCGACUGAAUGGCUUUGGAAGCUCCUACACGCUGGUGGUGAGCGGUCCUCUGGACAGGGAGCGGGUGGCUGCCUACAACAUCACGGUGACAGCCGCGGAUGGGGGAGUACCACAGCUCACAUCCCAGCGGACGCUGCAGGUUGAGAUCUCUGACAUCAAUGACAACCCACCCAGCUUCCGACAGGACUCCUACUCCAUCUACAUCGAGGAGAACAAUUUGCCAGGGGUGUUGCUCUGCACUGUGCAAGCCACAGACCCGGACGAAAAGGAGAAUGCGGAGGUGACCUACUCCCUCCUGGAGAGGGAGGUUCAAGGGCUACCGGUCACCUCCUAUGUCUCCGUUAACAGUGCCAGUGGCAGCCUUUAUGCUGUCAACUCCUUUGACUAUGAGAAGUUUCGGGAGUUCUUUGUGACUGUGGAGGCCCAGGACAAGGGGAGUCCACCACUGAGCAGCACUGUGACCGCCAAUGUGUACGUGGUGGACAUGAAUGACCACGCCCCUCACAUCCUGUACCCUACCUCAACUAAUGCGUCAGCAGCCAUGGAGAUGGUGCCUCGAACUGCCCCUGCUGGUUAUCUGGUCACCAAAGUCAUAGCCAUGGACUCAGACUCUGGCCAGAAUGCUUGGCUCUUUUACCAUCUGGCCCAGACUUCUGAGCUGGACCUCUUUAAAGUAGAGCUACACACAGGAGAAAUUAGGACUACCAGGAAGAUGGGAGAUGAGAGUGGGACGACUUUCAACCUGACGGUGGUGGUCCGCGACAAUGGCGAGCCAUCACUGUCGUCCUCCGUGGCCAUUACAGUGGCUGUGGUGGAGAGAGUCUCCAGAAUCCUCCCUGAUACGCAGAGACAUGUUAAGAGUCCUCGGACAUACUCUGAGAUUACACUCUAUCUAAUCAUAGCAUUAAGCACAGUGUCUUUUAUAUUCCUUUUGACAAUCAUUGUUUUGAGCAUCAUCAAGUGCUACCGUUACACGGCGUAUGGGACCGCGUGCUGCGGGGGCUUCUGUGGAGUGAGGGAGCGGUGCCCCGCUGAACUAAACAAACAGGCCAACAACAAUAUCGAGGCCAGGAUACCACAUGGCCUCAAGGUGCAGCCGCACUUCAUUGAAGUGCGCGGGAAUGGCUCCCUCACCAAGACCUACUGCUACAAGGCCUGUCUGACAGCAGGCUCAGGGAGUGACACUUUCAUGUUUUAUAACACAGGGGCACAGACGGGACUGGGGCCCGGGGGAGCCCAAGCAGCUGCGAGUGAGAGCAGGCACCUCACAGGCCAAAGUGGGCAGAGUGCCGGGAACCUGAUCAUUCUAAAAAAUGAUGCUGUUUCUCAGAACGAGCCGCGACAGCCCAACCCUGACUGGCGUUACUCUGCCUCCCUCCGAGCAGGAAUGCACAGCUCUGUGCACCUAGAGGAGGCUGGCAUCCUACGGGCUGGUCCAGGAGGGCCUGAUCAGCAGUGGCCAACAGUAUCCAGCGCGACACCAGAACCGGAGGCCGGAGAGGUGUCCCCUCCAGUCGGCGCUGGUGUCAACAGCAACAGUUGGACCUUUAAAUACGGACCAGGCAACCCCAAACAAUCUGGUCCCGGUGAGUUGCCAGACAAAUUCAUUAUCCCAGGAUCUCCUGCAAUCAUCUCCAUCCGGCAGGAGCCUACUAACAGCCAAAUUGACAAAAGUGACUUCAUAACCUUCGGCAAAAAGGAGGAGACCAAGAAAAAGAAGAAAAAGAAGAAGGGUAACAAGACCCAGGAAAAAAAAGAGAAAGGGAACAGCACGACUGACAACAGUGACCAGUGA